CUCCUCCUCCCACACGCCUUUGCUCCUCCUACCUAUGGUCGAUCUGACGUGACCUCCUCGCCCUUGCGGUGCCGACCAUCUCCUUCUAUCCCCCUCGCCAACCAUGUUUCGCAAUCGGAGAAACUCGCAAAAGCCCACCGACGAGCUGCUCAAGACAUUCAAGGCCUCCUACUCCCACCUCAACAACACCGCCGGCGGUGACGAAGGCGCCAGCGCGGUGCAGACGGAUGGCGCGGCGCUGACCGACGCGAUGCACGACUCUCUCAAUCCGUCCAUGUCUCAACAGAACGAGCCCGCGUCGCAUGGCAUCAAGGAUGGCGAUACCACCCCGCGCCCACCUAGCGACAUGUGGACUCUGCCUUCUUCUGGUCUGACGCCCUCUCUCAUGGACCCCAACAGUCACGCGUUCUCCAUGUUUGCCGGCCACGGUUACUACACCCCGACCCCCGGCGGCACCAACACUCUCUUCCACCCCCAGGCUGGCGAGCUGCACACGCCAGGCCUCAGCAUGAGCCUCGCAACGCCCCUCUCCCUCCCGACGUCUGAAGGCGCAUUGCACGCUGGGCACCAGGCGCCGGAGUUUCACCAUGGCUUCCAAAACCACCUCCAGCAGCACCACGUCCAACAACACGACUUCCCUCCCAACGUCAAUCCGUACCAGAUGCACCAUCCUACCAGCUUCCCGCCCCACCAAUUCUCCCACCAACACUCCUUCGAACACAUGGACGGCACAGGCGCCGACUCGCCGGUGGAUGACAUGGGCAUGGAUGUCAAUCUCCACAACCAGCACCACUCACCGCACAUGAUGUUCAACUCACACGCGCUUCUCAACGUCAUGCGGCCUCCAAACAUGCAUGCCUCCGGAGAGAAAUUCCGAUAUCACGUCACGUUGAAUGCGCCGACCGCGAUGAUCAAGCAUCACGACGAAAUCCCAAUUACAUAUCUCAACAAGGGUCAGGCCUACACGCUCAAUGUCGUCGACACCUCGAACAAACAGCACGCCAUGUCGCGUCGCUAUCGAACGUACGUGCGUGUGUCGUUCGAGGACGAGCAGCAACGACAGAAACCCGCGGCGUGCUGGCAGCUCUGGAAGGAGGGUCGCGGCACGAACGAGGCCCAUCAAAGAGGCGGACGACUGCAAGCGGUCGAGUAUGUCGAGUCUGGGCAGAGUGAAGGCGUCGAAGAUCCGCGCAAGCCACGCGUCGAGCUCGAAAGCGCGUCGUUCGAUGGCUUCUGCGUGCAGUGGACUCCCGCCCCGGGCGCGCUCGACUGCCCCAUCUCCGUCCGCUUCAACUUCCUGUCGACCGACUUCUCGCAUUCCAAGGGUGUCAAGGGUAUACCGGUCCGACUUUGCGCCAAGACGGAAGCCAUCGACGAGAUGCACGACUCUGCAGCCUCGGGUCCUGAAGUGAGCUACUGCAAAGUGAAGCUCUUCCGCGACCACGGCGCGGAGCGCAAGCUGUCCAACGACGUCGCUCACGUCCGCAAGACCAUUGAAAAGCUGCAGGGCCAGAUCGCGCAGAUCGAAGCGGGCGUCAAAGAUGGGAACAAGCGCAAACGCAGCGGAUCCAUGGCCAAGCUGACCGGCUUGGACCAUCGGCCUGCGAAGAUCUCCAAGCACCGCAGGACGUGGUCUAUUGGUUCUUCACGAUCCAACGAAGGCAGGGGCAGUGCGGAAGACGAGCUACACAACAAACUCACCAUGCUGCAAGACAUGUUCAGCUCCACGCGUCCGGCGAGUGUCCUGCAUCUUCGCGGCGCCGAAGAGGACGACCCGGAUCUUCAUCCCGUCAAGCUUUCCGGAGAGAUGCUGGAGCUCUUGAGGAACGACUCCACCGAGACGGCUGACGGUGAAGAGCGGCAGAGCUCGCAAGCCGGCGCCGAUUCUAGCAUGACUUCGCGCAGUCCCAGCGCAAACUCGGCCAACGAGACCAGCCGGAAAGAGUGGAGGAUGCAGCAGCCCGCGGCAAUCGCGAGCCUGUCAAGAGACAAUUCCAACGACUGGCCUCAACGGGCGCAAACAGCCACCGAGGACAUCGACUUGACACCCCCGGCACAGCCCCAACAGAUCAUCAGCCCAUCCAGACAGCAGGCCGUCAGAGUUCAGACUCGGCCGUCGCCCAGCGGCAAGACAUCAGGCUGGAUCGAAGCACUGGACAUGGACCUCGCGUACCAAGCGCCCCCCGAUCGCCCCGCCAAACCUGUAGCCUGUUUCUACGUGCAACCGCGCGUGACCGGGCGCAGCACCAACGACCACUUCUACCGCGCCAUAUACCUCUACCGCCACACCCUCAAAGACUUUGUCAACGCUGUUGCGACGAAGAGCGACAUUGAGCCCACGCAGGUCCUGCGCACCGUGCACAUGAACCGCUCAGGCAUCCCCGUCCUCUUCGACGACCAGUGCAUUCGCGAGCUCCCCGAGGGUCAAGAUAUGACGGCAGAGUUCAGCGAGGCGCACGUCGAUGGCUCCUCGCGCCCGAGCCGCGAGUGGAACGCCAGCUCGACGGACGUGCAAUGCGACGGGGACCUGUCGGCCACGGAGAACGUGACGACCACCGGCUACGAACUGCGAUUACUCUUCUGAGGGAACACAUCACGCACUACUCUUGCCUUCUUUUUGCAAUCUCUUCACUCUACGAAAUCCUUGGACCUUAGACUUUUUUUCACGGCCGUGCGAGUUCAAGUUCACACGAC